AUGAUAUGCAUUGUUGUGUCCUCCAGGGACAAGGAUACCCUACAAGUUGGUUUGAAGAAGGAAGUUGGAAGUUUGAAGAAGCAUAAAAGACACACCGCCACGUCAUCUCCAUCACCACCACCACCACCACCACUUUUUCAUUCCUCUUCUCGCCGCCACCGUCUCAGCCUUCUCCCUCCUCCUUCUCCUCUUCCUCCUCUGCCACCGCAUCCUCACACGCAAACGCACCACCAACCCCCUUCCUCCCCCUUCCUCCUCCCCCCGCACCGCCUCUCAUUCUCCGUCCUCCGCCGCGCCACCAACUCCUUCUCCUCCCGCCUCGGCCAUGGGGGCUUCGGCCCCGUCUUCGCCGGCAUCCUCGCCGGCGACCCUGUCGCGGUUAAGCUCAUGGACUCCGCCUCCUCCCACCAGGGCGAGCGCGAGUUUCACAACGAACUCUUCUUUGCCUCCAAACUCCACUCUCGCCAUGUCAUCACCGCUACCCACUUCUCCUCCGACCCCAAACGACGCCGCUUUCUCUUGGUCUACGAGCUCAUGCAAAACGGUAACCUCCAAGACGCGCUUUUGCACCGUAAGUGCCCCGAACUCUCAAACUGGAACACCCGCUUCUCAAUUAUUCUCAACAUAGCCAAAGGAAUUCACUUUCUCCACUCAUGUGAUCCCUCUGUUCUCCAUGGAGACAUAAAGCCGAGUAACGUUUUGCUUGAUCGAGAUUUCUUGCCCAGGAUCGGUGAUUUUGGGUUGGCGAGGUUGAGUUCGGAGCCUCCGAGGUUCGAAAUUGAGGUUCUGGAGUGUGGUAGUGUUAAUAAUGAUCAAGAGAAGGGGAAGAUGAAGAAGGAGGAGGAGGUUGAUGAUUGUGGAUCCGUGGAGAGUACUCAUAGUGUUUUUAUGGAAGAAGGUAGCCUGGGGGUGGAGCAAUCUCCCUCCCCGGAGAUGGCGGCGAUGGUAGCGACGACUUCGCCGGAGACGGGUUUGGCGGAGGCUGCUGCGUCGCCAGGGUUUGAGAAGGAGGAUGCGAAGAAGAUGAAUGGGAAAGGGUUGAAGAGUAAUUCGGUGAGGGAUUGGUGGUGGAAGCAUGAGAAUGAGGUUGGGGGUGGGGAGAGUAAGAAGGUUAAGGAUUAUGUUAUGGAGUGGAUUGGGAGGGAUGUGAAUAAGGAUAGGGUGAAGGGUGGAAUUGAGUAUGACGAUGUGGAGACUGGGAAGGAAGGAAGAAAGAAGAAGAAGAAGAAGAAAAGGGGGAAGGAAUUGGAAUGGUGGGAGUCAAUGGAAGAGGAAAAGGUUGAUGGGGUUGUAAAGGCGAAGAGAAGGACGGUGAGGGAGUGGUGGAAGGACGAGUGUUUUGAGGAGAAUGAAAAUAAGAAGAAGAAGAAAAAGAGGAAAGGUGGAAGUGUGAAGAGUGAUGAUAUUGAGAAUGGUGAUGAUUGGUGGGUGAGUGAUGAUGCAAUUGAUAAGAGGAACCACAAAAGUAGGAGUAGGAACAACCGUGGGAACAUGGAUUGGUGGAUGGAUGGGUUGAGUGGUGAGUUAUGGAGAGGAAGGAGGAAUAAUAGCUUCGAUUCUGCUAGUGGGGAAAUUCCAAAGAGUGGUGGUGUUAGUAGUACUCCUAGUAUGAGGGGAACUGUCUGUUAUGUUGCUCCUGAAUGUGGCUAUGGUGGGGAUGUGACUGAGAAAUGUGAUGUGUAUAGCUUUGGGGUGUUGUUGCUUGUGAUAAUUUCUGGGCGGCGCCCACUUCAGGUGAGUGGUUCACCCUUGUCUGAGUUUCAGAGGGCGAACUUACUUUCCUGGGCGCGCCAUUGUGCACGAAAUGGGAAGCUUGUUGAGUUGGUUGAUGAGUGUAUUCAGUUGUUGGAUAAGGAGCAAGCUCUUCUCUGUAUCAAGGUGGCUUUGCUUUGUUUGCUGAAGUCACCUUCUCGUCGUCCUUCAAUGAAGGAGGUUGUGGGGAUGCUUAGUGGGGAGGUGGAACCACCCCAAUUGCCUGUUGAGUACUCUCCUUCAACCCCUUCUCGGUACCCUUUCAAGUCUAGGAGAAAAGGCAGGUGA